GCGUACGCUUUUCAACACUUGCCAUAUGUCAGCUCGAACGCAUGAUGCCUGCCACUCGUCCAUUUUGUCAACGCUCCCAGCGGCAUCCAGAACGUUUCGUAACUCUUUCACGUUAAAAUGUCGGGAGGCUUAGAUAUCUUGUCCCUCAAGGAGGAUGACAUUACCAAGAUGUUGAUCGCCACGACCCAUUUGGGCUCGGAGAACGUCAACUUCCAGAUGGAGCAGUACGUGUUCAAGCGUCGCGCUGACGGCGUCAACAUCAUCAACCUGGGCAAGACCUGGGAGAAGCUGGUGCUCGCUGCCCGCGCCAUCGUUGCCAUUGAGAACGCCUCGGAUGUCUUCGUCAUCUCGUCGCGUCCCCUUGGCCAGCGUGCUGUGCUGAAGUUCGCCAAGUACACCGACACCACACCCAUUGCUGGUCGCUUCACUCCCGGUGCGUUCACCAAUCAGAUUCAGCCCGCUUUCCGUGAGCCACGUCUGUUGGUUGUCACCGAUCCCAACACCGAUCACCAGCCCAUCAUGGAGGCCUCGUAUGUGAACAUUCCCGUGAUUGCCUUCACCAACACGGAUUCGCCACUGCGCUACAUCGACAUUGCCAUCCCAUGCAACAACAAGUCGCCCCAUUCCAUCGGUCUCAUGUGGUGGCUGCUGGCCCGUGAAGUGCUCCGUCUGCGUGGCACCAUCUCGCGCACCACCGAGUGGCCCGUCGUUGUGGAUCUCUUCUUCUACCGCGAUCCCGAGGAGGCUGAGAAGGAGGAGGCCGCAGCUGCCAAGGAGCUGCUGCCACCACCCAAGAUCGAGGAGGCUGUCGACCAUCCCGUCGAGGAGACCACCAACUGGGCCGAUGAGGUUGCUGCAGAGACCGUUGGCGGUGUUGAGGACUGGAACGAGGAUACCGUCAAGACCUCCUGGGGUAGCGAUGGUCAGUUCUAAGUGAGGACUCUCUCCUUCAUUGAGAAGAAGACGCCAGCCCAAAAGGUGCUUCAGCGACUGUACAACAUAAAUAAACACCAUCUUCAGCAUUUAUGUUCACUUAAAAA